AUGUCCCGUCCGUCUAUCGAAGAGUCGAAGCAGGAGCUGAGUAGCUCUCCCAAUGAUUCCGUCAUGGGCAAAGACCCGGCCCCCGAGGAGGAGAUGCAGUAUCCCUCUGGCUUCGCCCUCAGUGUCAUCAUGGCCGGUCUGCUGGCUGCCAUCUUCCUCAUCUCGCUCGACACCACCAUUGUGUCCACCGCGAUCCCCCGGAUCACCGACGAGUUCCACACGGUGGCGGAUAUCGGGUGGUAUGGGUCCGCCUUCUUUCUGACGCUCGCCUCCUUCCAAGGCACCUGGGGCAAGAUCUACCGCUACUUUCCCCUCAAGCUGAGCUUUCUCGCCGCCGUCCUGCUCUUCGAGGUUGGAUCGUUGAUCUGCGCCGUCGCCAAAAACUCCGUGACCCUGAUCGUCGGCCGAGCCAUUGCUGGCAUCGGGGCUGCCGGCAUCUCCUCGGGCUCCUACACCAUCCUCGCCUUUUCCGUGCAUCCCCGACGCCGUGCGGCCAUGACGGGCGCCAUCGGGGCCAGCUUUGCCGUGGCUGCGGUGGCGGGCCCGCUCAUCGGCGGCGCCUUCACCUCCCACACCACCUGGAGAUGGUGUUUCUGGAUCAAUCUGCCCAUCGGGGGCGUUUCCGCCGGACUGAUCGCCAUCUUCUUCAAGGCGCCGCCCCAGGCCCGCGCCAAGGACGUCCCGUACAAGGAGAUCCUGCUGCAGAUGGACCCCUCCGGGAUCGUCCUCCUGCUCGGCGCCAUUCUCUGCUUCCUGCUGGCCUUGCAAUGGGGCGGCUCCGCCAAAGCCUGGGGCAACGCCGAUGUCGUGGGCACGCUGGUCGGGUUCGGCCUGCUUCUGAUCGCGUUUGCGAUCAACGAACUCUGGCUGCAGGAGAAGGCCAUGAUCCCGCCGCGCCUGUUCAAGGGCCAGACCAUUCUCUUCUCCUCGCUCUUCACCUUUUUCUUCUCCGGAUCGUUCUACCUGCUGCUGUACUACCUGCCGACCUACUUCCAGUCCGUCAAGGGCGCAUCCGCCUCGGACUCCGGGGUGCGCACCCUGCCCCUCGUCCUCGGCGACGGUCUGUUUGCCACGCUCUCGGGCGCCGUCCUCGGCAUCAUCGGCUACUACAUGCCCCUGCUGACCCUCGGCGGGGUCCUCACCACCGUCGCCAGCGGCCUGCUCUACACCCUCGACCUGGACUCCGGCGCCAACGCCUGGAUCGGAUACCAGGCCAUGGCCGGCAUCGGGAUCGGCCUGGCCAUCCAGGUCCCCAUGAUGGCCAGCCAGGCGGUCGUCCGCGUGGAGGAUCUCUCCACCGUUUCCGCCAUCGUCCUCUUCUUCCAAUGCAUGGGCGGGGCGAUCUUCGUGCAGGCGGGUCAGGCCGCCUUCACCAACAAGCUGGUCCAGGAGGUGCAGCGCCACUUGCCGAACAUCAGUGCGGCGCGGGUCACGUCGACGGGCGCCACGGAGCUGCAAUCCGAGUUCCACGGCCAUGAGCUCCAGGUGAUUCUCGAGGCGUAUGUGGCUGGGCUGAAGGACGCCUUUAUUGUGGCGAUUGUGUUGGCGGGGAUUGCGACCUUGUUGUCUUUUGGCUCGGGGUGGAGGAGUGUGAAGAGCAAGAAGGAGGAGCCCAAGGCGCAGCCUUGA